AUGAGCCCUCCAUCCAGGACCGAUGAGAGGACCGCCCUCCUCUCGGACAACCACGCCAAUGGCCGCUCCUAUGGCAACGCCGCCGACGGCACAAGCAGCGCCACCUCGACGCCCGAGACCGAGCAUCGCCACGUCGAGGUCAUGCCCCCCCUCUCGGUCCUCGCCCCCGUCAUGGUCGCCCUCUGGGUCCCCGUGUUUGUCGCUUCCCUAGACGGCACCAUCGUCGCCACCCUGCUCAGCAGCAUCUCUUCCAGCUUCAACGCCUCCGAGCAGGCAGCCUGGCUCGGCAGCUCCUACCUCCUCAGCGUAUGCUGCUUCACCCCCAUUUACGGACGGCUCGCCGACAUUGUCGGUCGCAAGGCCUGCCUCCUCACCGCACUCACCUUCUUCACCGUCGGCACCGCCCUCUGCGGCGUCUCGACCUCGAUGGAGAUGCUCAUUGCCUCGCGCGCCAUCGCAGGCAUGGGCGGCGGCGGCCUCACCACCACCUCGAGCGUCAUCAUGAGCGACCUCGUGCCCCUCAAGAACCGCGGCCUCCUCCAGGGCCUCACCAACAUCAUCUUUGGCCUCGGCAGCGGACUCGGAGGGCCCGUCGGCGGCUGGAUGAACGACACGCUCGGUUGGAGGAAGGCCUUCCUGCUCCAGCUCCCCUUCCUCGCCCUCGCCUACGUCCUCGCCAGCUGCUUUGUCAACAUCAAGGUCCCCGUCCCCUCGCACGGCCGCACCACCAUGGAAAAGAUCCGGAACAUCGACUUCCUCGGCUCCGUCUCGCUCGUCGUCGGCGUCUCGUCGACCCUCAUCUCGCUCAGCAUGAUGAGCGCAAACGACCGCACCAUCGACGAGCCCAUCGUCUGGGGCGGGCUCGUCCUUGGCGCCGUCAGCACCGUCUUCUUCUUCUACGCCGAGAAGCACCUCGCCCCGCACCCGGUGCUGCCCCUCAAGCUCAUCACCCAACGGACCGGCGGCGCGGUCGCCGCCUCCAACCUCUUCCUCAGCAUCGCCGCCUUUGCCACGCUCUACAACUUCCCCCUCUUUUUCCAGGCGGUCAAGCUGCAGACGGCGAGCGAGGCGGGCCUGCACCUCAUCCCCAACAGCAUCGGCCUCAGCCUCGGCUCGGUGCUGGCGGGCAUCUACAUGCGCCAGACGGGGCGCUACUACUGGUACAACUUGGUCCACGCCCUGCUCACCGUCCUGUCGAUCGGCACCAUCUGCUUCUUUGGGCCCCAGACGCCCGAGUGGCUGACCUACCUGGUCGUGGUGCCCAACGGCUUCGGAACGGCGGGCGUGCUGACCUGCACGCUCAUCGCGCUCAUCAACAGCGUGCCGCGCGCCGAGGUGGCGGUGGCCACGAGCUGCAGCUACCUCUCGCGGACGUCGGGCCAGGUGCUCGGCGUGUCGUUCAGCGGCACGCUGCUGCAGGCGCUGCUCAAGGACCAGCUGCGCAAGCGCAUCCACGGCGAGGGCGCCGAGGACAUCAUCUCGCGCAUCCGCCACCAGUCGCACAUUGUCGCCGAGCUGCCCCCGCACCUGCGGCAGGCGGCCGUCGAGAGCUACUCGUUUGCGCUGCGCUGGGUGUUUGUCGGCAUCGCCGUCGUCUCGCUCUGCACCGCCAUCAGCAGCUCCUUUAUUGAGGACAAGGUGCUGCCCGACUUUGAAAAGGCAAAGAAGCCCACCGCCGACGACCGAGAGGGCUUGGCGAUCCAGGGUCGGUAG